GCAACCCGAUAGCAACCCGCCGUGGUGGGACGAGUCGGGGGGAAUCGAAGACUCCGACCCUCGUCAUGGCAACUGUGCAGCCUCCGCGCACGGCCGCACUCGGGCCGUCGAGAAGCCGACCCUGACGCUUCCCGACUCGGCCGCUGAGCCGUUCGGCAUGGCGGGCACUACUGGAUGCCACCUGGCGACCGCGGCGGCCGCGGCCAGUGCAUCGGAUGACGUCGAGGUGAUCAGCAGCGAUGACGAGCCCUCGAUGCUUGCCACCGCCACCGCUGCCAAACGUGAGCCCGAGGAGCCACACGGUGGCAGCCCAGCAUCGGUCGAGGCCGCGGACUGGGCGGCGGCGGACGGGGCGGCAAGCCAUGAGGGCGCGGCGCCACCCCAAGCGGAGGCGGUGCCACCAACGCCAGCCAGCAGCGUGCCAGCAACGCCAGCCAACAAGCUUGCCAGCAACGUCGGCCACUGCGAGCAGCCCGUGGCCGUUGACUUCGGCAAGGAGUUCGGGGACAUGCCACCAGAUGCCGCCAAGUUCAUCAAGUGUCUCGGCAUGGAUGCGACGCGUCAAUUUGAGUUUCCCGAUGGGUCCCGCGACCUCGAGGGCAGCCUGUGCCUGAUCUUCAACAGUGCCAAAGAUACUUGGACGGCUGAGGGCAUCUGCGAGCAGACAACCCCAUUGUCGAAGGGCGUUAACCCUGCGGCGCAGACUCCCGACAAGAGUGCAGCCCCUCCAGAUGACCCAAUCCUCGAGGCAGCCGCGGCGAGUGGCUUUAAGUUUUCCACCAAGUCGACCAUGGGGCAGCGCUUCACCCGCUGGUUCGCGAACCAGCCUGCCAAGUACAAGAAGGACUAUACCAAGUCACUCAACGAUGAGAAGGCUAACUUCAGGGCGGACUUCGCGAGGAAGAAGUACGACGAGUACGUGAGAACCCGCACCUUCAUGCAGGAGUACAGCCAGACCCAGAAGGAGUGGGGCACCUGGGAGCCCUUCGACAUGCUCAUCAAGCUUCAGGGAGGGAGGCAUUCGCACGAUGCAGUACGUGCCGCGUGGAACUACGCCAGGUCGUGCAUCGAGCUCGGCUCCGAGUGGGUUCAGUGCAACCCCAUGACUGGUCGCAUUGAGUUCAUGUUCGUGAAGCGCGGCUACGAGGACAAGAUGAAGAAGGCCUGGACGCUGAAAACGAUCGAGUCGGCAAAGAAGGGGAACACUAGUGAACUCGAGAGGCGCAAACUUUGCCAUGGGCACUUGGACAAGCAGGCCCUGGAGGCAUGUUUCUUGAAGCAAGGUGCAGGCGUGGCCGAGGCCACGGGCGAGCACGAGAAUCUCGACAACAAGGUCAAGAACGUGCGCCCAAAGAAAUGCAUCGUGGCUCUGGCUCCUGGCGUUGGCGGGCCGAGUGAUGGAAUCGAGCCAACGGGGGAUGAUGGUGAUGAGGAGCCUGGCACUGGUGAUGAGCCUCCCGCCAAGAAGCAGAAGAAGGUUCUGACGCCUGAUCAGGUUGCCAAGAGAGUGGAGGCCAAGCGUAAGAAGGAUGCGCAGGCCGCGGCCAUCGCCAGCAAGAACCAGCACUCCAAGAGUAUCCUGCAUGCGACGCGGCUGGAGAAGUUGAUCGAGGCUGACCCGAACUGGAAGCCCUUCAAGAACCACGAGGACCACAUCCUGCUGAAGCAGAGCAUCCAUGCUUUGGAGACCCUCGUGGAGUCCAACCCGUUCCUCAAAGUCUUCCUGAGCACUGCGGAGGUUUCGGAGGUCAAGGACCACUACGACGGCGACGUCGACGUCGGCCUCUCCCAGGUGCCUGCGUUGCUCGAUGCGCUCGUGAAGGAUGUUGCUGCCGACGUGCAGUGCUUGGCGGGGCAGAAGGCUGCCCGCGCGAAGCAUAGGCCAGCCUAG